UAGUGACCCUUAACAACCACAAACAACAACAAUGGCGUCACUUUCUUCAAGAAGUUAACAAUACUUUCCAUUUAUUGCCAAAAAAGAGACAAUAAUAAGGUAUAAGUGUCGUAAAUAAGAAGAGAAGAAGACAAUAAGCUUCAAGUUGUCGUAUUAUCAAGAAAAUAAGAAAUUAUGGCUUCUUAUACUGCUAAAAAUUGUCUGGAAUUUUUGAAAGAAAUGGGUCGAUUAAAGCACAUGAAGAGAACGGGAUGGGUUCUCCGUAACGUCAGUGACCCGGAGACCAUAUCAGGUCACAUGUACCGGAUGGCCGUUAUGUCGUUCCUUCUCGACGACGACGACAAUGUCAAUAGGGACAGAGUGAUGAAGAUAUCAUUGGUUCACGACAUGGCAGAAAGCGUUGUGGGCGACCUGACCCCACACUGUGGAGUCUCCGACGAGGACAAACAUAAAAAGGAGGUCGCAGCCAUGGAACACUUCAUAACUCUGGUCGGAGAAAAGGCCGGAAAUGAAAUGUAUAAUCUGUUUUUGGAAUACGAAGAACAAAAGACACCUGAAGCCAAACUUGUCAAAGAUUUAGACAAGUUUGACAUGAUCUUGCAAGCCUUUGAGUACGAGACAAGUCAGGACCGUGCGGGCUCGCUUGACGAAUUCUUCAAGUCGACGGAAGGAGUGUUUACGCACCCCAAGGUCAAGAAGUGGGUCGAAGAAUUGUAUGUACAGAGAAACCGAGUGCUGAACGAUCCAGCAGAACAUUCUUAAAUUAACCAUAGACUGAAUGUUUUGAUUAAAGUCAAAUAUUUAUUUUGUUCUGUGACUUUAUUGAUUAAAGUCAAAUAUUUACUUUGUUUUCUGACUUUAUUGAUUAAAAUCAGAUAACUAUUUAUUCUGUAUGUAGUGGCAGGAGUCGGGUGGUAACCUGCGAGAGGAUAGAACUGGUAGUAGUUAAGUGUGGUGAGAUGGGAUGGGUUUGAGAAGUACAGGUCAGCAUUGUUACAGUGGUCUCCAGAGUGGGUAAUAUCCUUUUGAUCAACAAUUUGGAUAUAGAAGAAGGCCCCACUUAUACAGCAGGUUAGCUUCUGGGCUACUGUAGGGCCCCACUUAUACAGCAGGUUAGCUUCUGGGCUACUGUAGGGCCCCACUUAUACAGCAGGUUAGCUUCUGGGCUACUGUAGGCCCCACUUAUACAGCAGGUUAGCUUCUGGGCUACUGUAGGGCCCCACUUAUACAGUAGGUUAGCUUCUGGGCUACUGUAGGGCCCACUUAUACAGCAGGUUAGCUUCUGGGCUACUGUAGGGCCCCACUUAUACAGCAGGUUAGCUUCUGGGCUACUGUAGGGCCCACUUAUACAGCAGGUUAGCUUCUGGGCUACUGUAGGGCCCCACUUAUACAGCAGGUUAGCUUCUGGGCUACUGUAGGGCCCCACUUAUACAGCAGGUUAGCUUCUGGGCUACUGUAGGGCCCACUUAUACAGCAGGUUAGCUUCUGGGCUACUGUAGGGCCCCACUUAUACAGCAGGUUAGGUUCUGGGCUACUGUAGGGCCCACUUAUACAGCAGGUUAGGUUCUGGGCUACUGUAGGCCCCACUUAUACAGCAGGUUAGGUUCCUGGCUGCUGCUGUAAAGUGAAACAGCCUUUUUUUUUCCACUUUCAAAUGCAUAUAAAAGCUUGAUUAAAUGUUUACACUAUCAUAUAUUAAGUGGGAAUGGGAAGUACAAUGCCUGCACUAUAAAGGAGGGGUUCGGGAUAUUGGCAGUUUGGAGGGAUAUGUUGUGUAUCUUUAUAGGUAUAUGCUUCUAAACUGUUGUGUUCUGGGCGCCUCUGCAAAAACAGUGAUUAUGUGUGAGUGUGGUAAGUGUUGAAUGAUGAUGAAAGUAUUUUCUUUUUGGGGAUUUUCUUUCUUUUUUGGGUCACCCUGCCUCGGUGGGAGACGGCCGACUUGUUGAAAAAAAAAGAAAAGUGAGCACUAGAGCUAGGCCUAAAAAGCGCAUAUACACUACAUACGUUACCUUAAGAUAUUUUCGUCCUUAGCGGAUAGUGAGUGGUGAAUAUAUUUAUUGUAGGAAGUCUGAAUAAAUGAAGACUGGCUAGAAUUGAAAACCGCUGCAUUAGCAAGCCGCCAUUAAGUGAAGCGGGGGCUACAUGACCAGUAGGUUUAGUGCUUGUUUGUAUUAUAAUAAUGUAAAGCGGGGUCUCCUCUAGUGAAGCCUAGUGUUACCACCUGACUAGCCAGUAAUUUGCUAUUAGUUAUCUUUGUAUCAUGACUGAAAAAAACCACUCAUCGCAAAACAUUUCCUCAAAUAAAUGUCCUGAACUGUACAA